AUGCAUAGAAAGAUUCAACAACGUGGUGCCUGCAAGGGGCAAAUAACGCGCACCCUCAACAGUGCUGUGGAGUUUUCACAAAGAUGUGAAAAUGUGGAAACAUUGCAAUUCAAGCUGGAGCGUUUGGUCGCUACUUUCAACCACUUUAUGGAGCUCUCAGAUGAUUUAGUGGAAUUUCACUUGGAGGAGGGAUAUGAAGACCCUGGAUUGGACAUACCCGAAUACGAGGACAAGUUCUACGCCGCGCAUGCUAUUUUUAGUAACGCCAUCAAGGACAUGGGAGGUCAAGAUCAUGGACAGGACCAGUCGAACAUUCUACUUUCAAGUACAGUGGAACGUCUAUUUGAGGGACAAAACAACCUUUUGGAGAAAAUUCAUACUUCAUCGGGAACUGCUGAUUUAAGGUUUGAGAAAAUUCGGAUUCCCACAUUUUCUGAAUUACGCAAGGUAAUUGACUCGGCCGACGAAUGCAUUCGAGGCUUACAUGCGCUGAACUGUGACAGCCGCGAUGUAUGGCUCAUUCAUAUUUUGCUGUCAAAGUUAGGUUCAGAAAUUAAACAAGCUUGGGCCAACUGCAGUCUAUCGGCCACUGAAGACGCCACCAUAGAUGAGCUGUUCGCCUUUCUUUUCGCCCAUUGUGAUACUUUGGAGUCUUGUCAGGACUUACCCGCAACGCAACCCUCAAGACCAGCCCAGAGUAGACGCCGCCAAUCCGCCUUUCAUGCCAGUGGAUCAACUCAGUCGUCUCGCGAAUGUAUAUAUUGCCAAGGACAGCAUUCUAUAUAUUCAUGCAAUGAAUUCAAGGCACUGGAUGUAGUCGGUCGCCGCACCUUCGCCAAGGAUACAAAAUUAUGCUUCAACUGCUUGAGUCGAUCGCAUCAAGUCAGGGAUUGUAAUUCAUCGAACACUUGCCGUCAGUGCAAUGCUAAGCAUCACACGUUAGUACACCCGAUUGAAGCGAGAUCGGUUCCUGUGGCACCUGCGCACUCGACUGUCGUUGAUACGAAUACUGCCGCUGUUAGCCAUCAUAUUUUGGAGAGGGCCAACAAUCCAGCCCUACUGCCAACUGUUGUCGCCAAUGUAAUUGACACAUGGGGAAACGAGACCUCAUCUCAGCAGGUCAAAUCAAAUGCAACUAUUUGGACCAAGAUUCGCAGCCUACCGCUAGCUGACCCGACGUUUGGAUCUCCGGGCAAAAUCGACGUUAUCUUAGGCGCUGAUCAGCUGUGGAACUUAUAUACUGGACAUCGCCGAGAGUUUGGUAUCGAAUACCCCAUUGCACUGCAUACUAAUUUUGGUUGGGUUAUUACAGGCAGCUAUAUUGAUUGUAACGAAGCAUCUGCGCACGCACAAGUUCAUCAUGCUUAUGAAGAUUUGGAUUCCUUAGUUCGCUCAUUUAUGGACAUGGAACAAGUGCAUCCGAGUAAAACAACGAUAGACGCCAGUGAUCCCGCCGAACAACAUUUUCUGAAAACACAUGCUCGUAGAGAAGAUGGUGUUUAUAUUGUUCAAUACCCAUUCAAGGAGCCCCGCACGCCAAUUGGCUCCACUUUGCCACAGGCUUUAAACCGCUUCGCCGCUUUGGAAAGGAAAUUUAGAAGAUUCCCCGCACUCAAACAACAAUAUGUGGAUUUCAUGGAUGAUUAUUUAAAUCGAGGACAUAUGGAAUUGAUUCCGGCUGCUGCAGGCGGUGAGGAUCCCGCACGCUACAACUAUUUGGCACACCAUGCAGUUUUUAAGCCAGAUAGUACUACCACACGUUGCCGAGUGGUAUUUGACGGCUCUGGAAAGGAUUCCACGGGUCAUUCUCUUAAUUCGCGACUGCAUAUAGGUCCGCCUAUUCAAAGGGACUUAAUUGGAGUAUGCCUUCGAUUUCGUCAGCAUCGCUAUGUAUUUUGUGCAGACAUCGAGAAGAUGUUUAGAGGCAUUUUGGUGUCGGACGAACAUACACAGUACCAACGCAUAGUUUGGAGGAAGGAUGAAAACGCUACGCUGGAUCAUUAUCGACUGUUGACAGUAACAUAUGGAUUAGCUUCAUCGCCGUUUAUUGCAGUUCGAGUUCUUAAACAGCUCUCGAAUGACUAUGCCGAAUUGUAUCCCACCGCUGCUGUCGUGCUCAACAGAGACGCGUACGUUGAUGAUAUUCCUACUGGAUGCGACAACAUCAAGGAUGUCAUUGCACUCAAAGAUGAAUUGAUUCUGCUUCUUAGCGAAGCUCAAUUCAAAUUGCGAAAGUGGAGCUCAAACUGUUACGCCCUUUUAAAGUCGUUGCCAAAGGAGAUUUGUGAGUAUCCACCAGAGGAUUUAGAGGAAGACCGCUCAUUUCGAUUUGUUAAAGUCCUGGGAUUGUGUUGGGAACCAAAACCGGACUAUAUUUUCUUCAAAUUAGAAACCCCCGCAUUUACGACUGCUCUUACUAAACGCAUAUUGCUUUCAGAACUAGCCAAGAUCUACGACCCGCUGGGUUUGCUUUCGCCAACUGUUGUUUUUCUGAAGAUCCUAUUUCAAGAUAGUUGGCUAAGUUCUGUCGAUUGGAAUGAAGUACUACCGCAGCAAAUAUGUACACGAUGGCAACAGUUUGCAUCGGAAAUGCAUUUAUUGGAAACUUGUCGAGUUCCUCGCUACAUAUCUGCACCACAUCAAGAAAUGGAACUGCACGGAUUUGCUGAUGCAUCAUCUCAAGCGUAUGCUGCCGUCAUCUAUAGCCGCGUCGAAGUCAACAAUGGAUAUGCUGUCAAACUGAUUAUGGCUAAAACUCGCGUAGCCCCUAUUAAGCCUAUCUCCAUUCCGCGACUAGAGUUAAACGCAGCUCAUUUACUCUCUAAACUGAUUUAUCUGGUCAAGCAAUCAUUAACUGUUCCUAUUUCCAGAAUUAAUUGUUGGUCAGACUCUGAAAUAGUCCUGCAUUGGCUAUCUUCUCCGCCUAGGACUUGGAACACCUAUGUUUGCAACCGCACUGCUGAAAUUCUAGAGGUUUGCCCACGCAGCUGCUGGCAACAUAUUCGAAGUGGUGAUAAUCCCGCAGACUGCGCAUCGCGAGGAGUACUGCCAAAGGACCUCGUGGAUCAUCAAAUAUGGUGGAAUGGACCACCUUGGCUAUCUCAGUCACGUUCAGCUUGGCCACCUGUUAAAGCUAAGUUUGUUCUGUCGACAGAAGAAGAGGCCUGCCUAGAGAUGAAGGCUGAAACGAAAGUUAAUCUACACAUUUCCGACGACGGAAAUUCGCUAUCUUGUAUGAUCAACAAAUCGUCCUCAUGGUCCCGUUUAUUAAGGAUAGUCAGCUACUGCCUUCGCUUCGUUCAUCGUCUUCGUGAGAGGAAUCGACUUUCACCAUUCCUAUCGGCGUGGGAGCUACAAUAUGCACGAGCUAAGAUCUUCACGCGCGCUCAAGAAGAGUUCUUCCACUUGGAGUACAAGCAGUUAACUACCGGACAGCCAUUGUCGAAGAAAUCGAAGUUGAUUCGCUACACACCCUUUUUAGACGAGCAGAGAGUAAUGCGUGUUGGUGGUCGCAUCGAUAAUUCUAUAGCUACUUAUGACGCAAAGCAUCCCAUUCUCCUUCCUAAGGAAUCUCCAAUAGCUGGUCUGCUAGUUCGCUAUCAACAUGCUGCAUUGUUACACGCUGGAGUCGAAUACACGUUUCAUAGUCUACGCCAAAGGUAUUGGAUUCUAGGAGCUCGGAACCUCGUCCGCAAAACUGUAUUCAAUUGCAGAACUUGCUUUCUGCAGCGAAGACACACGAGUUCUCAACUUAUGGCUGAUUUACCGGAGUUUCGAGUUCAACCCGCUCGUUGUUUCCUGCACACUGGAUUGGAUUAUGCUGGACCUGUGUCAAUCAAAACAUCGACAGGCCGGACACCAAGAUUUGGCAAAGCUUGGUUUGCGAUCUUUGUCUGCCUAUCUACAAAAGCUAUUCACAUAGAAUUGGUCAGCGAUUUGACGACACCCGCCUUUAUAGCCGCUUUCAAACGCUUUUGGUCUCGACGUGGACCUAUAUCGGAUUUAUACUCGGACAAUGGAACGACUUUUCAUGGAGCCAAAAGAGAUUUAGCUGAAAUGCAACGAAUGGCAAUAGCUCAAAGUCAAGAUGAAGAAAUUUCAAGCUUCAUGGCCAGCCACGAGAUUAAUUGGCACUUCAUUCCGCCAUCUGCUCCCCAUUUCGGAGGCAUUUGGGAGACUGGUGUGAGAUCCAUAAAGCUGCACUUAAAACGAGUCAUUGGCAGCAGUGCCUUGACAUUCGAGGAGUAUUCGACCCUGUUAAUUCAGAUUGAAGGGCUUCUGAACUCUCGCCCUUCAUGCGCACCUAGCGAUCACAGUCUUAACCCGCUAACUCCUUCUCAUUUUCUAACAGGUCAGCCUCUCACUUCGGUACCAGAACCAUCUUUCCUGGAUGUAAAUAUCAACAGACUGCAGCGCUGGAGACAACUACAGGCCAAGGUUCAAGGUUUCUGGAAACGUUGGAAUCUCGAGUAUCUCAGCACGCUUCAACCUCGCACGAAAUGGCAUCAAGAUACUCCAAAUGUUGCCGUGGACACACUGGUUGUGCUGAAGGAGCCCAAUCAACCGCCAAGCAAGUGGAUGCUAGGACGAGUCACCGAAGUUCACCCUGGCCAGGAUCAGAGGGUUCGGGUGGUCACCGUUAAAACCGCCAAGGGAAUCUACAAGCGCCCUGUUACGAAAAUUGCUGUGCUUCCUUUGAACUGA